UUGAGGCCAGAUAGGAUGGGCUUCUUCGGCACCGGUACUAAGCAUGAUGUUUUCCACGGCACCUAACAGACUGUAAAACGUAUGGUAAAUUAACUACUAUCCGUGUUUAGCUCGUUAAACUGGAACGCUCCUCCUUCAUAAAUCUGCUGUCAUUUGACUUGUGAGUUGUGGGUCACGUGGCCUGGGGAGAUAAACUUCCCCGUUUUUAAAUUAACUUCUUGUAAUUUUAGCGGCUACAGUUUGCACUGAAACUAAAAGGUAGCGUUAUAAACUAAAAUUAAACCGAAGAGACGUUGAAAUUUGAUAUUGGCAACGUGUCGUAAAUAAAUAAAUGACAUUUCUAGUCGUAUUUCUGCACGAGUUGGAGGCGGACACUAGGGACAGUGUUUAAGUAAGUUUUAGCCCUUAUAUUAGAUAUGUGUCGCGUUGUCCGUUGGACUAAAUUAACUGGAAUCAUAAUGGGAGUUCACAAUGGAAAUAACUAAUAACAAAUAAUGAAUAAUGAAGUUUGGUUUCAGUCACAUCACGUCGCUUCAAUUUAUAACAGUAAUUUAUUGGCUUGGAAAUGUUUAUUUUACAUUUAAAUUAAUUUUAAAUGGGUGUUACAUUAUGUAAUGCAGUAUUCUACUUUAUACUCUUUUUAAAUGUUUUGUUCCGCAAGUAACCGAACGCUUUCCUUAGGCCCCGCCCAACCAGGAAGUACACACGUCGACAACAGUGCUUUCACUUUUAACAGUGUGUAGGAAAGACAGAAGACAAGCAAUACUGGGGGUUUUACCCACCGUUUAUUCUUCAUCGUAGAAGCUAAACCUCACUGUAUACAGCUACAGUCAUUUGCUAAGACUAGUCCGUUAUUCCAAACAGAGAAUAGGAAGCCUUUACAGAAGCAGCAGCCGAGGGCUGUCAACUGUGUUAGUUACCUCCUUCCUCUCUGCUGUUUAAUGCUCACUGGCGCUGAUUGAAGAAUGGAAGAUACAGAGAAGACUCACCUUGAGGAAAUGCUGACAUGCCCGGUGUGCCAAGACAUCUUCAAGGAUCCUCGGCAGCUGCCAUGUGGACACAGCUUGUGCAUGGGCUGCCUGGAGAACCUGAGGAAUCACUCCUCAGAGCUUUCCUUCCGUUGCCCAGACUGUAGGGCGCAUGUUGAAGAGAUUGACGGAUUACACAAGAAUUAUGCACUGACCAGCAUCGCAGAGGACUUCAGGGUGAUCAGGAGGACAAAGGAAAAGCAGACACGGGUUGUGUACUGCGACUACUGCCCUGAGAUUAAGACGCUGGCUGUUAAAACGUGUCUGAAGUGUGAGGUGUCGCUGUGCAAACAGCAUGUCAAGGACCACCUGGAGCUGCCAGUGUUCACUGGUCACCCCCUGGUCAAACCUCUAGGGGAUCUCCUGGAGAGGAAAUGCUCACAGCACGAGGAUGAGGUGCUCAGAUACUACUGCAGCUCAUCCAGACGUUAUAUCUGCAACAUCUGUGCCAUGGAGAGGAAGAAGUUCAACGCGGCCACGGAUGCCUCCACUGUCCUACAAAGACAGCUGACCGAAUACAUGGACCAGAACUUCAAACUGCUCAACGAUCAAAUUACAGAAUCCACUGAUUCAGUAAAAAAACUGCAGGAAAACAUUUACCGUGAUAAAAUGAAGCCUGCCGAAUCGUGCCUUAACGGUGUCACAGUGGUCCUGCUCUUUCUUUGGUUCAUUGUUCUGUAUUACGCCUACAACUUCUCUGUGGAAAAUCAGUCGCUGAGGGAAGCUUUGGAAAAGCAGCAGGACCGCGUGCAUCACAUCUAUUCUACCAUCACAGAACUGGUUCAUCAUCCAGUGAAUAAGGACAUCCCUUCAGAAACAGAAAAUGAAGGAAUUCUCAUCCUGGACAUGGACACUACCAGCUGUUUCCUUGGAGUCUCUACUGACCUCCAGACAGUGGAGCGAGUUAAAACAAAGCUGGAGUAUCCUCACAGUCACAGCCGCUUUGAUGAAGCCCCCCAGGUCCUCUCCAGCUGGUGCUUCUCCUCUGGCACUCAUGUCUGGGAGGUGGAGGUUGAGGGGCACUGGGACAUUGCAGUAUCCUACAGGAGCAUUCAAAGGAAAACCAAGGAAAGCAGCGCCUUUGGAAACAAUACAGAGUCCUGGAGCCUGAGGCACAGUGGCAAAGGCAAUCUGUCUGCCUACCAUAAUAAAAGAGGGACUACCCUAACUGAAACCUUGCAGAGCAGCAGAAUAGCAGUGGAGGUAAAUUUUGAGGAAGGCAGAAUCACGUUCAGUGCUGUGGAUUCCUCCAUCACACGGCUGCACGAGUUCAAGGCUAAACUGACCAAGCCAGUGUGUUUGGGUUUGGGGCUUCAUCACGUGGAUCCACCCAGCAGAGCCUCUAUUGUCAGAGCUUCAUGAAUUACCCAGCACACUCACACAUUAUUUUGCCAACGCUGCAUCAAAACUGCCUUUAGUCCAGGGACAAAGCCAAGAAACAUCUCAGGAGUAUAUUCUGAAGUUGUGUAUAGUGUAUAAUGAAUGGUCUGUAUAGCAAUAUGUUUUAGUAUGAUUAAAAUAUUUUCUCCAUGUA